ACUUUAGGUUAGAAAAUCCAAAAUGGCUGCGUUCAGAAGUUUGCGAAAAAUUGCAACAAAUUCUGUGAUUACAAGAAACAAAAAUGGCAUAUUUGAAGCUGCGAGGUGCAUUUCUACAGCUGGGUUUCCUGGGCUUUCAGAAACCCACCAGAUGUUGUGGAAAACUUGCCGGGAUUUUGCUGAUAAGGAAUUGGUUCCUGUAGCUGGACAGAAUGACAAAGACUGUUCAUUUCCAAAAGAACAGGUAAAAAUGUUAGGAGAAAUGGGACUGCUUUGUGUAGAUAUAUCAGAAGAGGAUGGUGGCACGGGUUUGGACUAUCUAGCCUAUGCUAUAGCGAUGGAGGAAGUUAGUCGUGGAUGUGCGUCAGCUGGCUGUAUUAUGAGUGUAAAUAAUUCAUUGUACCUUGGACCAAUCAAGAUGUAUGCCAAUCCUGAACAAAAAGAAAGAUUCAUGAAACCUUUUCUCCAUGGGGAUAAAGUGGGAUGCUUCGCUCUUAGUGAGCCAGGAAAUGGUAGUGAUGCCGGAGCAGCUUCCACAACAGCUCGUCUCGAAGGAGAUGAGUGGGUAUUGAAUGGGACCAAGUCUUGGAUCACAAACGGUUAUGAGUCUGAAGCUACUGUUGUGUUUGCUACCACAGAUAAAAGUAAAAAACACAAGGGAAUUAGUGCAUUUUUAGUACCAAAGCCAACACCAGGUUUAUCAUUGGGAAAGAAAGAGGACAAACUUGGGAUUCGAGCCACAUCAACUUGUAACCUCAUAUUUGACGACUGUAGAAUACCAAAAGAGAAUCUUCUUGGAGAACCAGGAUUUGGAUUUAAAAUUGCUAUGAAAACGUUAGAUGCUGGAAGAAUUGGAAUAGCAGCACAAGGUCUUGGAAUAGCUCAGGCAUCCUUAGAAUGUGCAAUAGACUAUGCUCAAAAGAGAAUGGCUUUCAAUGAACCUAUAUCCAAACAGCAAAUGAUUCAGGAGAAGCUUGCCAAUAUGGAAGUGCAGAUAGAAAGUGCCAGGUUGCUGACAUGGAAGGCUGCCAUGCUGAAGGAUGCUGGGAAACCAUAUACCAAGGAUGCUGCCAUGGCUAAACUAGCUGCUUCUGAAGCCGCCACAUUUUGUGCUCAUCAGGCUAUCCAGACACUAGGUGGUAUGGGAUAUGUUACCAGUAUGCCGGCUGAGAGACUAUACAGAGAUGCCAGAAUUACUGAAAUAUACGAGGGAACCAGUGAAAUUCAGAGACUUGUCAUCGCAGGACAGUUACUUAAAGAAUAUGCAGCUCAUUAAUAAUUUUGAUGAUAUUAGAACUGCAGAGCAAGAGUUUGUCUACUGUUAGUACAUAGUUAAGAAAUAAAUAGUAGCAAAAAACUGUCUCGUUGAAUUUAAACACAACAAAGAAGCUGCAGUACUACAGAAUAAUUUUAUGAGGGCAUUGCCAAAACAAAUGAAUCUGUUAAGUAUGUAACUGAUUUGAAGUGUUUGAAUUAAUUAAACAUUCACUUGCUAUAUAUUAUUUCAACUUUUAAUGUUGUAUAUAUGACAUAGUGGAUCAAAUUUUGUAGCCACUGUUUGUGGUCGUUACAUAGCUGAUGUGAUAUUAUUAUUGAAAAUAAACAUGAUUUGUCAUAUUGGUAUCAUUUUUAGCUCAUCUGAUUUUUUGAAAAAAAAUGAUGAGUUAUUGUCAUCACUUGAGCGGUUGUCGGCGUCGGCGUCGGCGUCGGCGUUGCUUGGUUAAGUUUUAUGUUUAGGUCAGCUUUUCUCCUAAACUAUCAAAGCUAUUGCUUUGAAACUUGGAAUACUUGUUCACCAUCAUAAGCUGACCCUGUAUAGCAAGAAACAUAACUCCAUCUUGCAUUUUGCAAGAUUUAUGGCCCCUUUUGUACUUAGAAAAUAUCAGAUUUCUUGGUUAAGUUUUAUGUUUAGGUCAACUUUUCUCCUAAACUAUCAAAGCUAUUGCUUUGAAACUUGGAAUACUUGUUCACCAUCAUAAGCAGACCCUGUACAUCAAGAAACAUAACUCCAUCUUGCUUUUUGCAAGAAUUAUUGCCCCUUUUGGACUUAGAAAAUCAGUUUUCUUGGUUAAAUUUUAUGUUUAGGUCAACUUUUAUCCUAAACUAUCAAAGCUAUUGGUUUAAAACUUGCAACAGUUUUUCACCAUCAUAAGUGGACCCUGUACAGCAAGAAACAUAACUCCAUCCUGCUUUUUGCAAGAAUGAUAGCCCCUUUUGGACUUAGAAAAUAUCAGAUUUCUUGGUUAAGUUUUAUGUUUAGGUCAACUUUUUCUCUUAAACCAUCAAAACUAUUGCUUUAAAACUUGCAACUGUUGUUCACCAUCAUAAGCUGACCCUGUAAAGCAAGCAACAUAACUCCAUCCUGCUUUUUGCAAUAAUUAUUGCCCCUUUUGGACUUAGAAAAAUCAUUUUCUUGGUUGAAUAUUAUGUUUAAGUCAACUUUUCUCAUAAACUAUCAAAGCUAUUGCUUUAAAACUUGCAACAGUUUUUCACCAUCAUAAGUGGACACUGUACAUCAAGAAACGUAACUCUAUCCUGCUUUUUGCAAGAAUGAUGGCCCUUUUUAGACUUAGAAAAUCAUGGGUAGGACAAUAUUUCUAUUAUACAAAAAAAAUCAGAUGAGCGUCAGCACCCGCAAGGCGGUGCUCUUGUUUAACUAUGUCAAGUUACAGCAGAACCUGAAACCUCAUUAUUUUUCCAAAUUGACUUGUACAUCUCAUCCAGGUUUCCAUGUUACUGCAAAAUUCGGAAAAGGCCUUGAUUAAAAUUCAUUAAAUUUAAAUUUCAAGGCCUGGAUAGUCCUUGAAUUUUUAAAAGAGAGUAUAAAACUAGGAAAAAAGUCUUAAUUUCGCUUCUGCAGGACAACGGUAUGGAUGGAAGAUUUACGGCAUAUACAGGAAGUUCCAUUUUUACUGAGUCUCCAGAGGCUAUGUCUCUAAAUUGUACAAAUUCAUUGAGAUAUUCGGAGUGGUGAGGGGGGGAGGUAUUGGCUUCUCCUGCUCUGAUCUUUCUUAGAUAAUUUCACACCAGUAUCUUUAGUCUGUAAAAGUUUCAUUAGUGUUAAGUAACUUUCCUAGCAGGUUUGUAUUCUUACGAAGGAGAUAGGCGAUGAUAAUAUGCAAUUUUGGCCAGAUAAAAUGUUUGGGAUCACCUUUGCUGAAAUUACAAAUAAUUACCAGAUUUUGGACAAACUAGACUGACCUCGAUUUUCUUACUUAAUUUAAAGUGAGGGGCCUCUGUUGCUAAGUGGUUAUACGGUUGCUGAAUUCAAAUCACUUGCCACUCGCAGAUGUGGGUUCGAGCCUCGCUCGGGGCGUUGAAGUCUUUGUUUGAGGAAGCCAUCAAGCUAGCUUAUGGAAGGUCAGUGGUUCUACACAGGUACCAGCUUGUGAUGAUAUAAUGCACGGAAAGGCACCUGGGGUCUUCCCCAACCAUCAAAGCUGGAAAGUCGCCUAAUUGUGUUGGUGCGACGUUAAACGCAACAAAACAAAACAAUUUAAAACGAGAAUUAUAAUUAACUAGUCAGUGAAUUAAUUGUAAUUAUUUCAAAGAUGUAGGGAACGCUAAUAUUUAUUGGCUGUUAUCUUAGAAUACAUGUAUGUGAAACAUUGAGACUGUAAUUGCAGGGUAAAAUACAAAAUUUUUUUACACUAAAAUGCUGCAAAAAAAUGAGGAGUUUUGGUUAAAAGCCUGAUAAAUGCAUUUUCACAGAUGGAUAUUUUCAUGAUCAGAAAUAGUAGUUGUAUUCUCUGGGAACUGAUAAUUUCUGAGAGCUUCCAGAUUGGACAGAAAUAUAUCAGAAACGAAAAAUAAUUCAACGGGGAUGCACUUUAUGCACAUCAAUACCUGCCUUCUAAAGUAUGUAUUGGUGAUUUUUUUUUUUUUUUGCUUUCUGUUAGAUCCUACUCAAUGACUCACUUGUAUCUAAGGAUACAGUUGCUGGUCUGACCCUUGAGUUUUGAAAAAUAUCCUAGAAAAGUUUUUGAAUAAUUUAGUAGGAAAAGAGCUUGAAUCCAGUUUUAUAUCGUAAUAUGUGUCAUCAUUUGUGACAGCAAUUUACUGUGUGCCUUAGCGGUAAAAAUUCAUUCACAUAGAUAUUUUCUAUUUCACACGGACUAAAAUAGAUUUGUUUAUCUUUUAUAAGUGUAUUUAAAGUGGAUAUGUAAUGAAAAGAAAUGUAUCAAGAAAUCUGCACACAUUUUUGCAUUGUAAUAUAACACAUGUAAAGAUGUCAACUGCUCUGCUGCAGAACUUCUUGCAUAUUUUUCGACACAAACGUAGUAACUUUAGUUAGUGUUUAACGUCACUACUAUAAAUAAUUCUAAACUGAUUGUAACCAUUUUAAUAUUUUUUUCAUUUUUCAGUCAAUGUGUAUUUCUUGUUAUUGCAACCAUUUUAAUUAUAGUUUGUUUUCUGCAUAUUUCUUGUUACUUUUUCAUAUUAUUACAAGAUUUAAAAAGGUUGAAAGGGUAUUAUAAUACAUUCAUAUUUAUUUAGAAAAUUAAGGACAGUUGUCUACCAUUAUGGAUCUCAUGUUGAAAUCACAUACAUUACUCUUCAUUACAAGUAUUUUAGUUUCCUAGCUUUUAACACUUACCCUGCUAAAUUUCUAUAAGAACUUGUCCAUCUUUCAAUUUGGACAGUACUAUUAACUGUUAAAAGGGGUGCAUACCAAAAAGAUACUGACUGAAUGGUGAAUAGGGCAGGUCAUGAUCAGACUGCAUGGAUGUGCUGGCUGAUCAUGAUCUGCACUGGUUGCAAAGGCACAAUCAAGCGUGUCCAGCAUGAUAAGGGUUAAGAUACUUGUACUUUGAAUUGAUAUACUUUUGUUUUAAAGGCUUUUUCCAGUGAGUGUAAGAGUAGAUGAACUCCCAAUUUGACAUGUGCCAUGUGUGUAACUAAAUUCCAUUUGUGUGUUAUAGAAAAAAAAGAUAAUUAUAUGUAAAAAGUAGUCUUGUACAUAUGCAUCAAGUGAUUUCCUUUUACUUACAUACAAAAAAAGUAGUGAUUUCAGUGUAAUUACAUACAUAAUGCACCAAAAAUUAAUUGUAAUUACAUACAUGAUGUAGUCUUGUAUAUACACCAAAUAAUUAAUUUACCGUAAGUGUAAUUACAUGCAUGAAGUGAUUUUGUACAGACAUAAGCUGUGAUAUACAAUGCUAAAAUAUAUAUUGAAAUAAAAAUGAAAACAAA